AGAGAGAGACACACACAGCAGUUAGGUUAUCUACUUACCUACCCUGGUAUGAUAAUAAUAUAUGUUUAGAUCCUAAACAACACAGCUUACAUUGGCCUUCUUGAUAACUUACAUUGGCCACUCCCUCACUGAUCCUCCUACCUUGACGUGGUGUGGGGGCCCGAAUGUACCAAUUUCCCUGUCCUGGGGUAGGUGUACGGUCCCUACUCUGUAACCUCAAAUGAGGGGGUGGAAAUUGGAUAGUCGCUAAAUGGGAGGAUCACACAGGAGGAACCCUAGUCCGGAUGCCCACCGCGGAUCCAGAGGGGGACUUCAAACAUUCUGAACACAGUCACUGUAUCAGUCACCAGAACAACGAACUGUAGUUUUGGAAUUUCUAAAGAUGUCCAGUUGGAACUGGGGACCUUUUUUGCGUUCUCUACUAACGUUAUAAACCCUCCCCUUACAAGUAAUGGACUACUCCUCGAUCAUUUUGUUGCCUCGAUCGUUCACAUUGGACUAUUAGAUGACGACUGACGACAGUGUGUGCCUGUUGGUUCCAAAUUGGAGGAAUUGAACUUAUGUUUCAUGCCACUGCACACAACACACUAUGUUGUGACGUUGUGCUUGUACAUGUACUUGUCUACCGUUUGAAAACAAACUUCUAUCAUACAAGACACUGGGCUGCGUUUCUACGCCAUGGAACCCGGGAAACCCUUCUGCUAAUGUUGAAGACUGCAGCUUAACAGGUGGUUUGAACAUGGCGGCGGUGCAGGUCAAAUAUCGUCCGGUAGGGGUCCUCGCUGUGCUGAUUUUGCUGUCGACUCUAGUGGUGAUCUCCCUGAAAAGCAAUAGGAAGACCAGAGAGUGGAAAAAUGACCUCCAGCCUACAAGAGGUGCACUGAGGACUGUCCCAGACUGUCCAGGUUACUGCGCAUGUCUCAGGUAUAAAGACCCAGGAUGUACGGAGAAGAUCAACUUGGUUUUCAUCAGAACAGACAGGACGGGAAGUGCCGCACUGGCGUCCAUGUUCCAUCGGUUCGGACAUGAGAGGAAGUUGGAGUUCGUUCUUCCACGAGGAGGGGAGGAUGAUCUAUGUCUAGGAUGGCCAGGCCCGGUACAGUUGAAGCACUACCGGCCUCGGCACACUCAUCACUUCAACCUGCUGGUAGAGAGGACCGUUUACGACAAACGAGCGUUACAUGGCGUCUUCCCACAUGGUGCCUCUUAUGUCACAGUCCUGAGAGAACCCUGGGCUCAGUUCAAGUCCGCGUUUCACCACUACAGGGUCGGUACUGUGGUCGGAAUACAAGGAGAUGACCCAAUAGCAGAGUUCCUCCAGCGUGCACAGUUGUACGAUGAUGUGUUCACGUCACCAGCGGCCGGCAGCCAGCGGCCCGAGGUUCCAGACGGGGUGUCGGUCACACGUAACCCCAUGGCACAGGACCUCGGCCUGUCCGAACGGUCAUGGUACAAUGUGACGGCAAUCAAGCAGCAUAUCAAGACCCUGGAGGAAGAUUUCCUGUUGGUGAUGAUUACAGAACACCUGCAGGAGUCCCUGGUGUUACUGAAGCGGCUGAUGUGCUGGAGACUACAGGACAUCCUGUACUGGCCACACCAGUACACAGACUACCCUCUCAGACUGGACAACAACUCGGACAGCCAACAUAAACACAGGGAAUGGAGCUUGGCAGAUCACAUGUUGUACGAGCAUUUCAAUAAAACAUUACAACACAAAAUCUCCAAGCAAGGGGAGGACUUUCAUAUGGAGGUUGACCACUAUACAAGAGUCCUCCGUUCAGUACUGGAGUACUGCCAGUCUGAUCAGAAGACUUACAUGGUGGUGGCAGCUUCUCCCUGGAACCAGGAGUUCGUAUUGUCUCGAGACUUCUGCAGAAGGGUGAGGAUGAACACUCAACAGUACCUCAAUGUCUUCAAGACUUCUUACCAAAAUCUCUGGCCAGGAACACAAUGAACUUUUACACUUUGUAUGUAACAAAGAAAUAAAGAUCUGCAGGCAAGUGAUGCUCUAUUUUCCUUCAUUUAUUCAGGAGAAACCUUGCCACAAAAUAAGAGGUAGAGUCCACCAUAUUCUCAUAUGUGUUCCAUAGACAUUCCUUGAAUCACUAAGCUCUGGUGGACAUAUGAGACAGUUUCUACCAUGACUUUACCAACUUAACCAUCCACAUUGCACUGUA